AUGUUAACAAUUGAUACCUUUUGUACUCGCUCGAUUUUUGAAUUGUUGAUUGCUGCAAUAAUACGCUAUCGUAUUCCUUCAAAAAAAGAGGGUUAUAAACAGCUAUUAAAAAAACAUAACGCCCGUCGUCGUCGGGCCGCUCAAACAGAGCGUGGUGGAGGAGGUAGUGGCGGUGCGUCAAGCAACUCAAACACUGGUGGAAGUAGUGGCGGUCAUGGUAAUAACGGCAGUCAUUCAAACGCUCACUCAGUACCUCCAUCUGAGAAUUGCCAAAAUGUAAAUACAAACUCUCCUCGGGGUGACAAUAACGAACCAGAAGAGAAAGAUUCGGCAAAUCCAAGAACUUCACAAGCAGAUUCUUCUGGACACCCUGAAUCUAACGAAAAUGCUGAGAUUAGGGAUACUGAUGGAUCCAGAAGUUCUUCAAAAAGAGAUGGUGGUGGAGCGAGGAGCCGAACUGGUCGAGGUCGCCCAUCUCAGCACUCUUCACAUUCAAACCAUGCCAACGCUGACAAUAACUCUACUGUAUCGCAUGACCGUAACCGUGAAAAUAAGUGUUCUCGGAACAACACUGACUCUCAGACGCGCCGGGCUUCCAUUGAUGCCAAGGAGUCUGAAACUGAUCAUUCACUUCCUACAUUGGAUAAGGAAUUGCCACUGGAAGAUAAGAAAAAGAAUGAUCCUGAAAGCCAUACUACAACUAGUAACUCUAAUUCCCAAAUGACAGAAGCUGUUACUAAUUCUAAUAAGUCUCAAGCGGAUUCAGAGGCAGUGUCCAGUACUUCACCUUGCAUCAAGGAUUUGAUCCACUUUGCCAUUGAGAAAAAUCUACCCAAGCCUUCAAAUGAUAAUCAAACGAAUUCAACUGAAACGUCCUCUCGAUUUGCUCCUUCAGAGGAAAAUAUGUUUCAAACUGCCAGCAGUAAUUCAGAAAAUUGUGAUGUAAGUACCUCAAAGACCGCGAACUCUUCAACCUUACCCAUGACGUCAGUUUCUUGUGAUUCUAUUAAUUUAAAUAAAGAUAAUCUCGAUUCAUCUCCAACAAUUUUUCCAUCUACAACAGCAGCUGAAAUAUAUGCUGCAGCCGCACGUUUUGCGGCAGUUAGCGCUAAUGCUUGUGGAAUGAAUACUGAUCCCUCAGCAAUAUCUGUUUCCGAAUCUGUCGAAAAUGGUAAUCGAAAUGUUUCUCAUUCAUCAUCAUCGAUUACUUCAUCGACUGCUUUUAUGCAGUCAAAGUCUGAUCAGUCUGACCUUUCAUGUGUCGAUAUAAAGAAAAAGUGGGCAGCUUCUACAAGUCUUCCUUGUAAUACCUUAGGUUAUUCGCAUCAGAAUGCGACUGGUCGUUCACUGGACCCGUCUGCUUCCAGUAAAGCAAUUUUGAUAGGAGAUUUUCUUAUUGCUCAACAACUUGGUAGAACUGACUCGUCUAGUUGGGGCAACAGCCACGUAACUUCACGUUCAGCUGAUAACACAGGAUCAACCCAUCAGCUAUCCCGAUCUAUUGAUCCCUCAACAUUACCUGUACCUGUUUGCCAUCCCUCGCAUUCUUCGACAGCUUAUAAUAAUUAUGAGCCUCAAUCAGGGUCGAAUUAUCGAUCAAUAUCGGUUGUUUCUGACAAAGGUUUGAGCAAUGAUUUCCUCGCCGAACAUGCUAUUAGACUCGCCAUGCAAGCUAAAGCUGCUGCAGCAGCGGCAGCAGCUGCCUCCGCCUCUGCAUCUAUCCAACUAGAUGGUGGUCGUCCGUCUGCAUCCAUAGUCGAGAAUAACUUCAAUUCAGAACGCUGUGUAUAUUCUCCUUUGACACCAAGUCCAGUUAAAGUUGAUGGUGUAUCAGCUACUGUCAGUCUUUCUUCUUCCGUUCAACCGAUUCUUUCACGAAUACAAAAUCUAAAAAAUGAUGGUAUGCAUCACUUUUCUCCUUCAUUUGCUAACCAAUCAGUUGGUGGUGUAUCAAAUUCUAUGCAUUCGAAACUCGACAGUGAUCCUAGCAUAUCUAUUAAUGCAGCUCAAGUUGCCUCAUUUGUUGCCAAUGCCAACAGAUUGUAUUUAGAAGAAGUUGGAUCUUACACUUUGCGUGAUAGGUCUGAUUCUAUGCGAACACUAACCAGUAGUGAAGCUACUCAACUUUACAGCGUAUUGCAACACUUACGUCAGCAAAAACAAGACGAUGAUUCUCUUUCACAGCAGAAAACUUGCCAUGUUUCAAACACGAAUAUAGAUAUUUCAAAGCAAAAUUUCAGAGAACAACAGACAGAAGUUAUGGGUAUUUUUCCACCUCGUCCACAUUCAUCUGAAAAUACUUCAGAUCAUCCUGUUGAUCCAUACUCGGAAAGAGAAAUUAUGAGAGGAGCACAGUCAAGAUUUAUGGGUUACAAUUCUCCACUAAAUAUACCUGAAGAUUCACAUGGGACCCGUAAAUCAGUUUCACGUACUGGACAUUCAAAUUUUAUUCCCGACUCAGUAGAUCCUUCAUGCGAUCCGUCUGCACUCGCUUCCGAAGCCCGCUACCGUCGUCGAGGAUAUACAGAAUCGCAAAUUAAUCUCCGGCAUAUAUCCAACGCUCCUGGACCUAAUAUGGGUUCUAGUGUCGGAGACAGCCAGUUGGUUCCUGUUCAUUCUGAAAUUCCUAACAAGUUACCUGCUGUUGAAGAGAAAGGAGAUGUUAGUCAGACAUCUUUUACUACAGCUACUUACAUAGAUGCCUUGAUAAAUAGUCAUUUAAGUAAAUCGUCUAAAACACAGGUUGACCGCCCUCGACCCUCUUCUAACUCCAUUGAAUCGGAUGUCAACCAACCUAUAUUAGUUUCCAUCACUUCAGCUAGUCCUUCUAGCUUCAGCAAAUAUAACUUACCUGAAUUAUUUACAAUAUCAUUCCGAAUACAG